GGAGCGCCUCUGCAGCCGCGGCGCCGGCCGGGGCAUGGGGCUGCGCAUGGAACCGGCCCCGGCUGUGCCGGGAAACCUGUCCCGCGGCGGCGGCAACGAGAGCGGCGGGGCGGCGGAGGCGGGAGGGGAGGCCGGGUGGUCUGCGGCGGCGCUGGCCUCGCAGGCGCUGGCGCUGCUGCUCAUCUUCGCCCUCUCGGCGCUGGGCAACGGGGCGGUGGUGCUGGUGAUCGCCCGGCACCGGCAGCUCCGCACGGUCACCAACGCCUUCGUGCUGUCGCUGUCGCUGUCGGAGCUGCUGGGCGCCCUGCUCUGCCUGCCCCUGGCCUUCUUCAGCCUUCUCAGCCGCCCGCCCGGCGCCUGGCUCUUCGGGCAGCGCCUCUGCCUGGCCAGCGCCGCCCUGCACGCUGGGCUGGGCAUCGCCGCCACUCUCACCAUGGCUCUCCUCUCCUUCGACCGCUACUGCGCCAUCGUCCGCCAGCCCCGGCACAAGAUGGGCCGCCGCCGCGCCGCACAGCUGCUGGCUGCCGUCUGGCUGGCCGCCCUGGCCCUGGCAGGACCCUGGUACGGGCUGGCGGGCGAGGGGCAGCGGGAGGCCCGUCCCGGGGCCUAUCACUGCGUCUACGUGCUUCCCUGGGGCUCAUCCCGGCUGGGGCCACCCUACGGCGCAGCCCUCAUUGUGCUCUGCUACCUCCUGCCCUUCGCCCUCAUGUGCUUCUGCCACUACAACAUCUGCCGCGCCGUGCGGCUGGCCGAGAGCCGCGUGCGGCCCCUCACCACAUACGGGCACCUGCUGCGGGCCUACGGGGAGAUGCGCACGGCCACCACUGUCCUCAUCAUGAUCGUCUCCAUCAUCUGCUGCUGGGGGCCCUACUGCGUCCUGGGGCUGGCUGCGGCUGCUGGCCACCUGCCUUUCUCGCCCACCAUGGAUGCUGUAGCCAGCGGGAUGGCCUGGGCCAACGGUGCCAUCAACCCCCUCAUCUAUGCUGCCCGCAACCCCAACAUCUCUGUGCUGCUGCGGCACAGCCGUGAGGGUGGCUACAGAACUAGGAACAACAUGGCGGCCUACCUCUUGGUCCCGGGACGCCAGCCGGAGCCCUGGAGCAGGGCUGACCGUGUCCGGGAGCGCUACAUCAAUCAGCACAGCGGCCCCCCAGGCAGUGCCCCGUCUUCCUCCAGCCCAGUGAGCGGGGGAGAGAUGGCCAUGUGGGCCUGCAAGAAUCCCGCUGUACUAUUCUGCCGGGAUGGGCAGCCAGACGCCAUCUCGGAGGCCACCUUGCAGGCCAAAGUGGGCACUGUUGACACCAGCCUCUGAAGUGAUGUGGGGCCAGGAUGCAGGCGUUGGGCCUCAAUGCCAUCUCCCUGAAGAACUGUGGGGAGCCCCAGUGCUUGGAAUCCUUUGCUGGCAGACUACCAGGAAAUUGGAAAUUGGAGCGAUGGGACUGUGUGAGACGUUGUAUGGUUUGUUCUUCAUUGUGUGAGCUCUGGUUUGGCAGCUCAGUCUGCAAGCAGCGAGAACUCCACAGUGAAAAAAGUCCUCCUUCUGUUUCAGCAGACCUGAUGCACUAGUGAUGGCUGCCAAGCUGAGCCAGCACAAGAGCUUAACUGCAAGAACAAAACAGUGUUUGCUCCAGUCCUGCAGAAAAUGCCAUAGUGAAGCUAAGAGACAGGCAUGCAAGUACAGCCCAAAUGGACUGACUGUGUGAGCUGUUCGCUAAGUGCCAAAAAGCCAUUGAAAACGGAGCACUGGCAGCUGGAAAACACUCUGAAAACACCACACUGUGAAAACCGCAUCAUGGCAGGAAAAUGUUGUUUUAACCCAUUUUAUGUGGAAGUGGUGAUAAUCAGAAAGUCAUAGGCUGUGGGACAGGGUAAAAAAGCGAUGUAUUAUUGUUUUGGUUUUGUUUAUUUUAAAACUCCAAAGCAUAACAACAGUAACUGGUGUGAAAGGGAGGAUGUAUGACACUGGGAGAGAAGGAGAGGAAGAUGAAACCUUAGUUGUCAAAAUUUCAACAAUCCUUUUUUUGUUGGAACAGUCAACUUAAAAUGUUGUGAAUACAAGAAAUGAGAGUUCUUCAGACACUGAGAAAAAGGGUGUGGGUGUAGACUAUGGUAUCACUGAGUUUGUGCGCAGGGGGUGCACUUUCUUUUUGAGCUCAUCUCCCAUCUGUGGGAAGUGUCUCACAUCUCUAAGAGUGAUGUGAGAAGUGAGUAUCUGAAAGGAGGUGUAAAGCAAUUUCAUGUGCUCUUUGUGUGCUCUUAAGAAUAUGAAAGUGUGUAUAUGCAGAGAGCAGAUACUGUAUUGAUGGCAGCAACCCAUCUGGAGUAUAAUAUUUAAAAUCCAUUUUAGGAAAGGAAAAUAAUACAAUGGAAGUGCAAUUGUGGCAUAAAUUAAUUUGAAUUUAUCAGUGUAUUAUUUUUGUCCAAAGGCCUAAAGCCUAAAAUUAGUAUUUCAAAUCAGAAACUAAGAUUGGGCUUUUUUUUUUUUUUUUGCCGUUAAAUGUGAGAGGCAGGCAAGUGUUUUUCCUUGUACAGGCUUUAAAAAUACAGUGUUACUGUUUUACUGGAUUUUGCAACUGUUUGUGACCCAAGUGACCAUAUUAUCAUUGUUUUGUAAGUGAGACAAGAAAUAAAUUU